CUUCCUUAUUUUUACUAUCGAAAACUUCAUCUGAGCCUCAACACAGCCCCUGACCCAGGUCCCUUCUGCCUCUCUCCACACCUCCAUGUCUUUCUAGCCAACCUGGUGUCAUAACCCCUCUGAGCCUCAGUUUCCUUAUCUGUAACAUGGGAAUAAAGAGAGCAUUUACCUCAUAAGGGUAAUUGCAAGGUUUAAAUGAGAUAAGGAACAUGCAGCAAUUCCUACAGCACCUGGUGCAUGAAUGCUCAAUAUACAUUAGCAUUAGCAUACAUACUGUUGCUGUGAUUUUAUUAUUUUAUCAGUCAUGCAACCAGUUCUAAGGAGCACUUAGUAUGUGUGAGGUCCUGUGCUGGGAACUUAGGGGUACUAUGCUUGGCCUUAAAUAGGUUUAAAUCUACUUGGAAAGAGAAGAGAAAUCACCAAUCAAUAAAAUAGUUCAGAAGCAUACAAUUUGGUGGUUUUUCAGAAUCUGUCAAAAUGCCCAGAAAUCUCACUCAGUAACUCUGCCUCUUAAAUACACCCUCCCCCACUCCCCAUUUGCUGCAUCUUCCGGCGGGGGGCCGUUUGGCUGGAUGAGCCUGCCAUCAGGAUGCUGUGGGCUGGGCUUUGGGAAACUCACAUGGGCCUUGUCUGGACUUCCCGUCUAGCCCUCCCUUCCACACUCCAAGCCAACAGCACCAACACAGUCAAGGCCUGAGCCCUGACUUCCAUCUUCAGGGGGACAGAGCCAGCGUUCCAGCCAGGUUCUGAGGGAGAGGGGGUUGCUGACCAGGGGAUAUUGCUGGGAGGACCAAGGAUUUUGUCUCUACCACAGCCUUCAAAGGCUCCUUAGGAGGGAUGGAGGGUGAGGGCGGGCUGUGGGCAAGGGGCAGCCAAAGGCAUUUGUAGGAGGGAGGAAGGAGGGGCCACACCUACCGAUAGGGAGGAGUAGGAACCAGGGAACUCAGCCAGCCGAGGGGAUCAAAUUCCUCUGCGGUGAACUCUGAGAUAGGAGCUUGUGGGCACGGAGGCCUGAGGAGGGAGAGAGCCAGAGGGGGAGACCCAGCCACUCCACCUACCCACAGCCCAGUCCCGCAGGCAGCAGAGCCGGCAGUAGCCACCUUCCCCGGGGCCCACACCUGCCUGUGCCUCCUGGGUCCUCAGUGCCUGCCCUGAAGGAAAGCCGGAGAGAAAAAGGAGACAAUGGAGCCAGAGAGGACUCAGAUAAAGCUUGAUCCCAGGUACACGGCAGCUCUUCUGGAGGUUCUGCAAACCAAUUACAGCAUUCCCUCUAUCUGCUUCUCUCACCCUCCCACAGCAGCCCAACUUCUGAGAGCAUUGGGCCCUGCGGAAAUUUCUCUCACGGUCAUCAUGACCUUGCUUGCCCUGGGCUCAGUCGCCAUCUUCCUGGAGGAUGCUGUCUACCUAUACAAGAACACUUACUGCCCCAUCAAGAGGAAGACUCUGCUCUGGAGCAGCUCUGCGCCCACGAUAGUGUCUGUGUUCUGCUGCUUUGGUCUUUGGAUCCCUCGUGCCCUCAUGCUCGUGGAAAUGGCCAUAACCUCGUUUUUUGCGAUGUGCUUUUACCUGCUGAUGCAGGUCAUGGUGGAAGGCUUUGGUGGGAAGGAGGCAGUAGUAAGGACACUGAAGGACACCCCAGUGAUGACCCACACAGGCCCCUGCUGCUGCUGCUGCCCCUGCUGCCCACAACUCAUGCUCACCAGGAAAAAGCUUCAGCUGCUGAUGUUGGGCCCCUUCCAGUACGUCUUCUUCAAGAUAACACUGAGCCUGGUGGGCCUGUUUCUCCUCCCUGAUGGCAUCUAUGACCCAACAGAUAUUUCAGAGAAGAGCACAGCUCUAUGGAUCAACACUUUCCUUGGUGUGUCCACCCUGUCAGCUCUGUGGACCCUGGGCAUCCUUUUUGGUCAAGCCAAGCUGCACCUGGGCGAGCAGAACAUAGGAGCCAAAUUUGUUCUGUUCCAGGUUCUCCUUAUUCUGACUGCCCUGCAGCCAUCCAUCUUCUCAGCCUUGGCCAACGGUGGGCAGAUUGCUUGUUCACCUCCAUUUUCCUCUAAAAUCAGGUCUCAAGUGAUGAACUGCCACCUCCUCAUCCUGGAGACUUUUCUGAUAACUGUGCUAACACGAAUAUACUACCGAAGGAAAGACGACAAGGUUGGAUAUGAACCUUUCUCUUCUCCAAACCUGGAUUUGAACCUCAAAGCUGGAGGUGGAUUGCUUGGACAAUGAAAGAGACACUGCACUCAUUAGAUGGGCACAAGAUUUCUUUACUGUUCCUCAACCUUGACCAAAUGGGUAUGGAUCCCAUGGUCAGAGCAAGCUGGCUAAUGAUAUACACUUGACUGUAGAGACGAAUGUGAACUAUGCAAUAGGAUGAAAUUGUUUUGAAUCUUGCCUGAGGAAGGUAUUUUAAGUUUUAUAAUAAACAAACAGGAUGGAGUUUGAUGUUCUACAA